UCUAGUGAGGAGUGAGCGUGCAUAGGUAAAAGCACUGAUUAUGAGAGUAUGAAACGGGGUGAAGGGAACUUCGAGGACAUCAGGUUAUCGUGAAGGGGAAAGCACGUUUUCGAGAUAUCACUCUAGAGUAACCCACAUUAUGGUUAUUUUCAGUUUAUGGUUAUUUUCAAUGAUGACAGUGAUGCGAGGGUAACCGCACGUCGCCACCAACACAAUUGUAGCGAGAGAUCGCUCUUGUUGCAUCCUCAAGCCAGCGUUCCCUCUUGUGCUAUCCUUGCGCUGUAGACUCUCAUACACCGUCCUACCUGCGCCUCUGUGGAUCGAGAAUGUCUCAAAAAUAACGUCCGCGGAGAGCCGGAGCAGAGAAGGAUAAAUAAGUAAAAUAAGGAGGCCUUGCAACAGUAGAAAAGGAGCAACGACGGAGGAGAGAAAGAAGACCUGGAGGGAGGGCAAGAGGGGAGGGGGUGUUUUGGUAAAGAUAACGCGUGUUUUCUGUUGCGGGAGAGUCGGAACACGUCCCGCGGAUGGGGUGACACACACAGCGUGGAGGUCCCGACGCUGGGCCGCCGGGUUGUGUGGCUCCUGGGCCAGCCUAUGGUGUUAACGGGAGGGGAUCCGAAGAGGAACCAAAAUGGGGGAACGAGAGAGAAUGCAGUCGGUGACAGUGACGGGAGAGUCGCCCAGUCUGCCUGGGAGCGGGCGGGAACAGCAGUGGCCACUGAAGCAGUCUCUGAGUGGCUCCCUGUGCAGGGAGUCCCACUGGAAGUGCCUACUGCUGACGCUGCUGAUGUACGGCUGCUUUGGCACACUGGGCUGGUGCGUGUUGUGCCGUGUGCCGGUGCUGUCUGCCAACGACCCAAUGGGCUACCGCUUUGGCGAGCGGGCGCGCCUGCAGUCUGGCAGCCCCUGCUCCAGCGGCUACGUUUACAUCCCACUAGCCUUCCUGGCCAUGCUCUAUGUGGUCUACCUGGUGGAGUGCUGGCACUGCUACUCCAAGACAGCCAUGCUGGCGCAGGCCGAGGUAGCCGAGGUGUACGAGCGCGUGCAGCGCCUCCAGCAGGCCACACCCUGCAUCUGGUGGAAGGCCAUCAGCUACCACUACGUGCGGCGGACGCGGCAGGUGACACGCUACCGCAACGGUGACGCCUAUACCACCACACAGGUGUACCACGAGCGCAUCAACACACACGCCGCUGGCUCUGAGUUCGACUACGCACGGCACGGUGUCCGGGAUGUCUCCAAGGAGCUGCUGGGCCUGCUGGAGCACCCGGCCACGCGGCUGCGCUUCACCAAGUGCUUCAGCUUCGCCAGUGCCCGGGCCGAGGCUGCCUACCUCACCCAGCGUGCCCGCUUCUUCGGCGACAACGAGGGCCUGGACGACUACAUGGAGGCGCGGGAGGGCAUGCACCUUAAGAACGUGGACUUUCGUGAGCACAUGCUGGCCUUCCCGGACCCCACCCGGCCACCCUGGUUUGCCCGCUGCCGCGUUUUCUGGCUGGCUUCAGCACUGCUUCUGUCCUGGCCGGUGCGGGUGGUGGCCGAGUACCGCACCGCCUACGUGCACUACCAUGUGGAGAAGCUGUUCGGCGACGCUGAGCCGGGCCGGGAGGGGAUGGAGUCAGGUGGUGAGGGGGGCAGGGGGAGCGGGGGCAGCGGGGGUGGUGGCAGCUACCGCGCCAUCUCCCGCGUCAACACGGUGGACAUGACAGAGCUGGAGUGGCACAUCCGCUGCAACCAGCAAAUGGUGCCCAGCUACUCGGAGGCCCUGCUAAUGGACACUGAGCCAGCCCCAAACCCGCCACUGCUGUCCACAGGCACAGGGAAUGCCAACGCCCUUGGUGCAGGGUACUUCCUGCAGAGCUGCCCCCGCUGCCGCCGGUCCUCCAGCAGCACCUCGCUCCCCUCACGGAUCCGGGGCAAUGUGGCCCUUGGCGGGACGGGGGCAGGGGCUGGGGGGAGGGCUGGGGCCGGACCUGGGGGGCGGAUGGUGCUGAGUCGGAGCGGCUUCUCACUGGGGCGUCUCCAGGCCUCACGCACUGCCUGCCUGUUCCACUCACGGAGCAUGGGUGGGGGGGUGGGGGCGCGGGGAGAUGAGGCCGGUGGGGGCUUCCUGGGGCUUGGCAGCUGGCAGGAUGAAGAGAGCAGGGGGGUGCUAGAGGGAGAGGGUGAUGAGGAGGAGGAGCAGGAGGAGGAGGGACGGCAGGGGGACGAAGAGGAGCAGGAAGGGGAGGGGGAGGAAAGAGACAGACCUCCAGCCUAUCAGGAUGCUUUGUUCUUCCCUGUGCUAAUUGUGCAUGGAGAGGAGAGCUGCCAUGGAGGAGUUGGAAUAUGAGAGAUGGAAAGGGAAAGAGGGAAAGAAGAAAAGAGGGAGAGGGGGGAGAAGGAGAGAGAGAGGAGCUGACUGGAAUGAAAGGCAAAACACAGGGCUAAGCAGUAAGAGGCCAGGUGAAGGAGAGGAGGAGAGCGAGAAAACUAAAAGGCUAUACAGGUAAAGACCACAACACCACGUUAGACCACUUAGAUCACUUUAGUCUAGGUUAGACCAGAUUAGACCAGGCAGAGGGGAUAUGUAUUGGAAGGAGUAGACAGUGCACCAGAGCAGGAGAACUUUGUCUUCAUUUCAGUACCCUCUGUGUAUGAGAGGAAGGGGGCAGUGAAGCCUGUCCUCCAGCCCAAAACACAGUGGAGCUGUGAACAUUGCAAGUGGCACACACACAACGCUGGGAUUUUCACAGAGUGUCACACACAGUUGGAGCCUUUUUCUAAGUUUUGUCUAAAGGAUUAACAGACAUGCCCUUUGAAAUUACCGCACAGUGGAGGAGUAAGGAGAAUUUCAUUCUCUCUCUCUCUGGAUCUGAUCUGACUGGUGGAGACGUCUGCUGUUAGCCCGCUUCCUCUGCUGUCAGCCUCACUCCCCAAAAACACCCAACAGGAAGUAAAGUGUGAGUGAUCCUUAUGCAGUCAGUGAACUGUGCGUGAUCAGGGUCCACAGCUGUCUUUACAUCUGUAGGAUUCCACUGCCUCAGAGGGCAGCAGCAGCAGUCAGCACGGGGUUCGGGGAAGUGUGGGGCAAUGAGGAUUGGUUUCUGAUCAUGAACGAGACAAUCUUGCCACAAUGAGUCAGGGUGAAUCUCAUUGCUCUGACCUGACUUCCCUUAAGCAGGUCAACCUGCAUGCGCAUCAGAGCCACCCCUUUUUUUGGCGGUGUGUCUGUUGCAAACCUGUUUCCUGGUCUAAUCAAAAUGAAUGAGGCAGCUCCCUCUGUGCUUGGGAUCGUAGGAUGUUGAGGGCUAGGAUUUGACAAUGUAUUUGUGUGAUGGAUCCUUAAUUCUUUCCCCCUUUCCCACUCGCUUUCUUACAUCACCAGCUGACAACCGCCCCCACAGAGAGAGAGAGAGAGAGAGAGAGAGAGACCAUUGAAGGAUUACUACUCUGGGUUUGGGGAGUGACACAACCGCCAAGGACUUGCUGUCUGUUUCCACAGGAAAAAAAAGACCAGAAUAAAACUGAUAGAGUGGGGAGGAACAGAUGAGGACUGCCUGUUGCUUUACUGUCUGUCACCUGUUGCUUUUUUCUUGUGGAAUGAUUACAAUGUUUUUGCACGGUGUUGUUUUUCUGCAUUUCGCACUCUUGAAUUAUACCAUCUUGCCUCGCACAAGGGAAUGAUCCCUGACUCAAAUGCAUACUCACUGUGCUGCUCAGCCUUGUAUUAUGGGAGAAAAGUUACAAGUGGGGCAGGCUGCUACGCUUUCCUCACACAAUUUGUGAUUGUAUCAUGAGGCAUGGAGGACGAUCGGAGAUGAAUGAGCGCAAUAGGCACUGGAAAGCUCUGCUGUGGAUCAGCACACUGGCGUUUAUACUGAAUCAUCGAGCAUUUUCGAGAAAUUGCAUUUUACAUACACCUGUCUUUCACACUCAGAAAACUCUGGAAAUUCUGAAACUGCAGAUUUGUUUCCGCUGGCUUGAAUCUUUCCAUCUGCUGGGGUAUUUUUGAAUGGUGUUGUUGAAUAGUUCAAAAAACGUAUGGGAAUACGAACUGCCGUAAAAUGGCGUUCUCACUAAUCACUGUGGUUUUCACGCAGGGGACUGACCCACCUUAGCUGUAUGUGUGGUACCUGUUCUAAGGUCUGGCUCGCACGGGAACCUGACCCGCACGGGAACCUGACUUUCUGGGUACUGCAACACUUGCCUGGCUCCCCUCUAAAUCGCUUCGCUGUUUUGGAAUUGUGCGCGACUGAGCUCACAGCGUCACGCCUCUCUCACGCAUUUACGCCCUGUCGCGAGUCGUUCAAUAAAUGACAAUUCUUGUAUCCAUUUGUUUGGAAGCGUUAACAUAUUUUUAGUUCCAGCAGUCGUCACAUCGUAUGAAAACACGUAUACGCGUCUGGUGUCUCAGCUAGCCUACUUUUAUAUCUGGGGUCGGUCAACAUCCUAUCAGCCCGCGUCAGUUGACUGGGGAGACGUUUCUAGCUUGCUCGCUUCUGGGAAUAGUUGACCUACUGUUACUGCUAUGACUGGUCUAGAAAUUCGUGUCUCAAGCCAUACCUGUCUGGUAUAAUGGCGAGGAAAAGGCAGUUAAAAAGGAAAACAGACAGAACAUUACACUUUUAAGGGUUAUAAGUCUUUCCUUUACAGAAAUUGGGGGUUUUCUAAAACUUUUGGCCGGUAGUGCCGUCAGGUCAGGCACAGCGUAGAAAAUUAGAGGUCAUACUUUCUAUUUAAAAAUGCAACAAUUACUUACACACAUUGUCUGCUUUUCACGUAUGUCAAAUGUUUUUCUUGUAGGCUAAGUCUAAUGAAUUCGUUAAGGAAUUCGCCUGCUGGAGUGAGCGAUUCUGUCAGUGCUGUCCAUUUGAGAGGUAACCAUGGGGGCGCGAUCACGUGGAACGUGUAGCUCUCAGGACUGCGUAUGCAUAAGUCUUAAGGACGCGUCUGUCAUCAGUCAGGUUUCCUAAAGGCUAUCCUAUUCAUUGACUGUUGCAGCAAUACAUAAUCGCAUGGAUCUUGUGUCAUGGUACAAUAUCGUAUUAACAUUCGAUCCAGAAGCCAUUAAAACCUCCACAUUGACAUGGUUAUUUUAAAUUUUGUAUACGUUAUAUUGCCUUUUUGUGUGGAAUGUCAUAAUUGUAUAGACUCUUCAUCACCUGUUGCCUCUAUAUUUACGUUGACUGGGGGGUUGGUAUGAACCACUUUGUCACAAACACGUGCACACACACAAACACUGUCACACAAACAACCUGGGCUGGGAUCCAGGCGAAUACAUACACUAUCCUGUCACAAUAUUGACGUGACAGUGCUUUAAUGUUGCUGUACCAUCACAACAACGUUGUCAGAAUGUUAUGCGCAAACGACAUGAAUGUGUACUGACAAUGAAACAUUGACAUUGUAAAGGCAAGAGAAUGUAUGUCACUGACGCAGCAGGGUGUAGCGGCGGUAAUCUCUGGGGCGAAGUCAGAUGCGGUGGUGCUGGGUUAUCUCGGGUGACUUCAAGAGAGCUUAACAUUACGAUCAAAAUAACACCCGACAAUGACACUUAUGCUAUUCCUACUACUACAAAUAUUACUAUAGUUCUGAAUGAUGAUGGUGAUGACAAUGAAGAUAUCAAUAAAACCA